GUUUUAGGUUGAUACAAUAAUAUAAUGAUAUAACUAGAUUUUUGUUAUAGGCCUACUGUUUGAAGAUCUCAUUAAAACGUUCUUUCUUCAGUUUAUUUUUGACACUUUUAAAAUGUCAUUUUACUCAAACCAUACACAGGCUUGCAAAAAUAACCCUAAAAUAAUAAAAUACAUAAAAUCUGAGCAUGCUUGCAAUCAAACUGAAUCAGUUUUUUUAACUCGUGCUCUUUGAAUCGAAUUGUUCGAAAGAACCGAUUCGAAGGUAUGACUCGUGGUUCACAGUGCACGCGCCACUCCAACGACUCGCGCCAAAACGAAUUCCUCGUAAUAAUGAACAAAAAUGUUGUGAGACACUGAAGACUUAAUAUACAUUAAAAUCACAGCAACGCCUUAAAACACUAAAUAAGCGCUUCCACUUAACACCUUUUCACUUCAUUGACGUCAUUUCGUACUGUUCUCACUCAGUGAUUUGUCAAGAUGCGGAGGAAUGAAAACCAGAGACCAAACGCAGGUUGUCUCUCCGUGCCUCUGUUUAAUCAAAGGAAGAGGAGCAGGCUGCCUUUGAUGUCCAAUCCUUCAGAGAGUGAGCUCUUCACUACCAGCCACUACAAUGAGACACAAACCUCCUCCUCUUCCUCCGCUGCUCUUCCCACUUUAGGUCAGAGUGGUCAGUGGAACCAGCGAACCUAUCUUUCGUCACAGCAAGGCAGCAUGAGAUCUGCUCCUUCACCUGGUGUGGUGGGACGAGGAUAUGCACCUUUACCUCACCCAAAAAAACCUGCCUGUUUCUGGUCACAGACAGGGCAACAGAGGUCUCCAGUGAGGCAGGAUUCGAUGCCAGCAGUUGGAUCCCAGCUUCAUGGUGGCUCUCCAAGGAGCAGCUCCGUUUCGCUCAGCCAGCCCAGGUGGUCCAGCAGCAUCCACAAUCAACAGUCCCCCAGACUUCUGUACUCUUCCCAGCAGUGUACCCCCACAGCAGGAAUCACCCAAGGCCCUGGAUCUCAGAGUCACAGUGGAAAGUGGAACUUGAGACCUGUUGGACAAUCAGCCAGUGGAAUGUGGGCAAAAGAAAAGAUGGGCACCUUAAGUGUCCAGACCACCCCUCAGCAGCAGAAGCCCCCUCGAGAGACAUCACUGCGUAUUAUUACUGCUGUUAUUGAAGGCAUGAAGUACUGGAGUCAGUACAAGAGCAGAGUACCAAUGCUGUUUGAGAUGUUUGCUACACUGGACUCUGCAGUUACUGUUGGAGAAUACGGAGCAAAGAAAUUUCUCAUGAGGCAUGGAAAAGAGGUGGUCCACUGCCUUUACUAUGAGAAUGAUCAGACACUGCCCAGAUUGAUCAGAGGUCAGGUACAGCGCUGUGUUGGAAACUACCACAGAGAAAAGGACAUAAUGACCUGUGUGUCAGUCCGAGCUGCUUCACUGUCAGAGCAAAGGAAUGCCCUGGAGGCUGUGAGAGCAUCAGAUGCAGAGAUGAGGGAUGUGGUGCUGGCUCUCAGUGAAAUGUGAUGUGGAUCGAGUGAGUAACAUGAGAAACAUUAAACUAGCACAGACUUAUACUUAAGUUAGGGUUGGUUUUGGUUUAAGUAGUUAAGGAAUGACCCAUAAUGGUCAGUGAAUGUAAAACAGUUUUAAAUCUCUGCUUUGUAAUCUGUAGAUUUUGAUUCACUUUGUAGAUUAGAUGCAUUUGUAAUAUUUUAUUUAUUUGAAUUAAUAUGCAUUUAAAAUGUUUUAUUUUGUAUUUAUAUGCAUACAUAAUCUUGAGUUAUAAUUAAGAUGCAUAUAAUUUUAUUUCCUAUGCAAAUAUGCAUACAUA